AUGGACAUCAACAGCAAUAUCAGAGGCAAUCAUGCGACUAGCAGGCCAAAGCAUAUUUCUAGGCUUAGAAAAGAAAUGCUCCAACAUCGUAUGCACCAGAACCCAUUCAGCUCACCACCCUCAUCAACCGGCUCCCACGACACGGUUAGCACCACCACCGAAGAGCUCUCCCAGAACCUCUCCGACUUUUCUUUUAGCCCCGACGGCGAAGGCACCCGCCGCUUCGGCGAGGAAGUUCAGGCCACAUCCAAGAGACACGCCUCCCGGUCAGGCCGCUUCGGUUCUAAGCAAAUGGACGCGGUCCUCAACACGUCGGCAAUUGCCCGCACCUUUCCGGAAUGGACCGGCCUCCUGAACAAGGACAACGCAACCUUUACCCAGACUGGCGAUAUGACCGCACCACCUAGGCCCGUUUCUGCCUCCCCCGGUGGGAAGGAGAACAUGCCCCCGGCCCAGGAACGUGCCGAUGAGAACACAUUCGAGGAUAUGGCCGAGAUGAAGAGGAAGCGCUUCCGCGCUGACCUGCAAGCACGCGUAGAGAACGAGUCCGACUGCUCCACCAUCCUCUCCCUCUCGCCCGCCCGGCCUGUCUCGGCCUCCCGCCGGUCUCGUUUUGCCCCCGCCGAGCCAGAGGUCAUGAUCUCCCCCGGAUCUGGCAAGCGCUCUCUCCAGGACAUGGUGUCCAAAAUCCGCACCGAAAAGCAGACUAGCCAGCGCGACAUCACCCCGAAGCGCUCGCCUGCUGUGCGCCCCAGUUAUGACACCCCGGCCCACGCCCUCGUGCUCGACAACGGCAUUAUCACACCCACCAGCCGAUCGUUCUUCUUGCCAUCUUUCCGUCAUCUCCCAGACUGGACGUCCGGCACUCUCAAAUUUAGCACGAUGAAGAACGGCGUUCCCGUCUUUGUCAAGUCAGACAAGUCAGGCGUCCGACUGGACAAAUAUGGGAGGGACCAUGAGGAGAUCCACGCCGUCGGAAUCACCAAGGAGGACGAGGAGAUGUUUGUUUCCAUGGAUAAGCUCCAGGAAGAAGUCCGCGAACUCCAUGACCACGACGCAAUGCUUCAGCGCGAGGCCGAGAAGCUGCAGCGGGAAGUCAACCAACUCCAAGGCGAGCUUAAGAGGCUCAAGACCAGGAAGCUUUCGGAUAGUGCCAUUGGUUCAGAAUCCGACGCCUCAUUCAGGCGCAGCGUUGGGCAAAACGACGACCUGGAGUACGAGAUUGCGCAGCUGCGGGAUCGUCUCGACCAGGCUAGUAGGCAGGUCGGCGUCAAUGACAUCCACAGUGCCGCCCUCGCUGCAGAGCGCGAUGAAGCUUUGCACCAAGCCUCCGUUGCCCGCGAGCGUGCUACCAAGCUCCACGCCGAGCUUGAAGCCACACAGAAGGAUCUCGAAUCAUCUCUUCAUUUGCUGCAGGAGAGGGAAGAAUUGCAGCUCGAGAACGAGGCCCUACUCUCCGAGAACCAGACCCUCAAACACCAACGCGACUCCGCGCUUCAAAACAACAAAACCCUCACCGCCGAAAACGACAAGCUUCGCCGGGAACUCGGUGGGGUACAAAAAGACAUUCGCAUGACUCGCGAGGAGCUUGCCUCUGUUCGCAAGCAGUACGAAGGCCUGCAAGAUGAGAAGCGGCACAUAUCACAGGACCAUGCCAGCAUGGAGCGCAACAAUGACCACUAUUACAAGGAAAACAAAAAGUUGCAGGCACAGGUCGCCGCGCGUGAUCAACAUAUCACCGAUCUCAAGAGGGGAAUCACCUCCCGAGACAAGAUGCUCGAUAACAUCCAAGGCUUGACAACAAAUACCGCCGUCCUCGAGCUGAAUGCCGAGCUCCAAGCCGAAGCCGAGCAACUGCAAACAAGGGUCGAAGAGCAAGUCGCUGAGCUGAACCAAAGGGAAAACGAGAUCAGCGCAAGUGAAGGUCGGAUCCGUUCUCUCAAGGAACAGAACUUGGACCUCUCCAUCGCCAAUGAACGGCUGCGGGAGGAGAACCGACGCCUUCGUUCAGGCCACGAGGAAGCGAGGGGCCAGUGGGCCGACGAAAGGGAUAAGCAGGACCAGUUCCUCUCCAAGAACAUCAUCGAUGAGGAUGCCGACGACUGCAUCCGCUUGGACGAUGAUUUCAAACAGAGAGAAGCGGCUCUGCGGAAGAAACUCGAGCGCCGAGAGGCAGCCGUUCAGAAAGUCAAACGCCUGUCCAACAGAAUCAGCGAGAUUGCGGAGCAGGAGUUCACGGGGAAAUCGACCAAAAUUACCCGCAUUGUUGAGCCAAAAGACGUACAAACAACAACCGACGAAAUGACGGGGAAGAGCGGCGCCGUCAACGUUGACGACGACGAUCUUACAAGGGAGCUCCACUUCACUGAGGAGGACUCGGACUUUGCGAGUGUGAUGGAGGGCGAAAUCGUCAAGCUGAGGCAUACCUAUCGAGAGCUUCAGAAACGGGUACAGCAGGAUCCUGACACUGAUCAUUCGCUGCCUUCGCUUCCCCCGACACUUCAGAGGAGCAAGUCUGAUAGCGGCGUCCCUUCCAGGUUCGGCCCGCAAAAGGCCCAGCUCCCCGGUAUCCUCAAGAAGUCUAGUCAAUUUGAGGACACCGGCCGCUUUAGCGUCAAGUCUGGGCUGAGCAUUGCCAACCACCACGUGGAGGACGAGGCUUUCAACAACACGCGCACCCGGAGGUCGUCAAUGGGUAAUACCCAGGACCUCCCCCGCGCAGAAUCCCGCCUCCGCCGCAACUCGGAGGCCGGCCGUGAAACGACGGAGGCCAACACCACCUCUGCCUUCUUCAUGCCCGACAUAACACUCGAGGGUCUCAAGCAGGGCACCGCUCAGGACCUGCCGCAAGAGCCCGUCCCAUCACUCAGCAAGGAUGCUCGCCGCUUGCUGGAUGGCAUCUGCAAGCACAAUUCUGUCAACUGCAACAUCUGCGUGCGGAUUGCCGCCCACGGCGGAGAGAAGCCCGCCUCCGCCGCUACAACAUCCGCCAACAAAAUCUUCAUCACCCCGGAGGACGUACGGCGCGGCAAGAAGAUCGUCUCCGCCGAGAAGCCCAUUCCAGUCUCGGACCGCGUCCUCACGGACCAGCCGCACACUCAGCAGCAGGCCGAAGACGCCACCGUCCGCCCGGCCAUGGCACCCGGCGAGGCGCUGGCCGUCCUGAUCAAGGAAACGCAGGACGAAAUCGACCACCUCCAGAUCGAGCUCAAGCGGCUCAACGAAGUGUACUUUGCCCUGGACAAGUCACUCGGCAUGCGCGAGCGGCGACGCGUCAUGGGCGACAUCAAGCGCCUGCAGAGCGAGCUCGAGGCCAAGAGCGGCCACCUCUAUCGCCUCCAUGAUGUCCUCGAGGGGCAGAAGCAGGCCGGUCAGUUGAUGGAGGGGGAGGGUGUUGAUGUUACCGUGUUGAGUGGGCUGCUGAGGGCGGAGGUCAAUGAGACGGGGGAGAGCAGAGGGGAGUGGGAAGGGUUUGAAUGAGUGUGCUUGCCGUCUUUUUUGUUGUUAUUGAGAGGUGUGCAUGGCGGGGGGGUUGUUUUCGAUUCGAGUUGCUGUGUUGUGGGUACUAGGGGUCGAGUAUCGGUACGGGUGGGCGUUUGGGAAAUGGGUUGUCUAUUUCCACACUUUUAUUUUGUGUGUUUGGGUUCUGGUUCCGUUGGAGUACUGUGGGUUUGGCUUGCAACGGGCAAUGUUUGGUCUAGGAGGGUCUGGUCCAUGACCGGCUGAGAGUAUAGUCAAGGAGUUACGUCUCAACUUGCAUAUUAGAGCGCUCCGUAGG